UGGACCAAGAGGAAGUAAAUAUGAUACUGAAGUGCAUUACUGGAACUGACGGUUUUACCAAAGAACUGUUUACUUUAGAGAAAGGUGAAAAGAAAACUUUCCGUACUGUAUGGAACCAGCCAGGAACUGAUGUUACUGGUAUGGUGGCUAGGUCAGAAAAGGUUGUUAAUACUUGUGAAGCGCUUUUAGGUGGUGACGUAUACCAUUAUCAUUCUAAGUUUAUGCUGAAAGAUGCUAAAACUGCUGCCCCACACUAUUGGCAUCAAGACUAUGGAUAUUGGUAUCAUAACGGAUGUCUUUAUCCAGAUAUGAUGACGGUGUUCGUUGCUUUGGACCCCUGUACCAAAGAAAAUGGCUGUUUAGAGAUCCUUCCUGGUUCCCAAAAAUGCGGAAGAAUAGAGCAUACGCCUAUUGAUGGUCAAUUUGGUGCAGAUAAAACACGUGUUGACGCCAUUAAGGAAAAAUGUCCUUUAAUGUAUGCUGAGCUCAAGUCAGGAGACGCCAUAUUUUUUCACUCAAAUGUUCUUCACCACAGUAGUGCUAAUCGGAGUAACAAGAGACGAUGGGCAUAUUUGAUGACGUAUAACAAAAUAAAGAAUAACCCAGUCAUUGCACAUCAUCAUCCAAGAUACACUCCUCUACAGAAGGUGCCGAAUUUAGCCAUUAAAGAAUGCACUAAUUUUACAGAUAUGUCGGGGAAGGAUUUUAUCAACCCUCGUAAAAAUGAGAGUCUCGUGGAUGGAUACAAGCAAAACGCAAAACCUGAAAAACAGUAACUACUACUAUGAAAUUAUGACGUUCAAUGAUUCUUUUACGAAAUAUUUUACUUAACGGGUUUAUCUGCUUAAAUGUUGUACCUUAUGUAGCAGCACUAUUGUAUUGUACUCUAUGUUCCUAAUCAGAUAUAUCAGCUAUUCCACGGAUAAAAUUUCAAAUAUUUAGAUAAACUUUCUUUAUACUACAGGAGGUGGAAUGUAACUGUAAAUACGAACAAAACAAGAAUCGUUGUAUUUCUAAAUAGCUGGAAGCCCGUAAUUCAUCAUUUUUAUUUCGAAGGUCAAAAUUUAGAAAUCGUCAACUCAUAUAUAUAUCUUGGUAUGUUCUUACAUUUCAAUGGUAAAUUUGUUCAAACUCAAAAAAGAAUGGCACAACUAGGAGCUAGAACACUUUCAUCUUUAAUUAACUCAUCGAAAAGAGUAUUGAUUGCACCAAACCAAAAGUGUUGAUAGUAAUAUGGUUGGAUCUGUUCUGAACUAUGCGUCCGAGGUAUGGGGAUUUCAUCGGGCCAAAGAUGUAGAAUCUAUUGAUAAUCGUUUUUAUCGCUAUUUACUCAACUUGGGUAAACCUGUACCAAUUUCAUUUUAUGUUGAGAACUCGGGCACCUCCCGAUGUGUAUUUUAAGAAAAUAUAGAAUUGUUAAAUAUUAGUUGCAUUUAGUUUAUGAUCAACCUAAUAUUGUUUACGAUGUAUACAAAAUUUUAUGCAUUGAUGCUUUUAAUGUGAAAAAAAUGGGAAUCCAAUGUACGAGACCUUUUGUUUAGUUUAGGUUUGAUUUAUAUAUGGAUUAACCAAUAUAACAUAAAUGUUUCAUUUGAUUUUAUUAAAUCUCGUAUCAACGAUCAAUAUUAUCAAAGCUGGUAUGUUUUAAACUAGAUCUCUGUAUUACUGAAAAAUUAUUACACCAGGGGUUUCGAUAUCACAAACUUGUCAAUACAUUUACUAAAUUUUAUCAUCGGUACAAGGACAUCUUUCGUAAAUAUAUAUUAACGUGCAGACAUCUUAUACGUUCAGGUAUUUCACAUCCCAUCUUUUAUUGUAAUAUUUUAUACAAAGCACACAAAUGCCGUAAUUCACCUCAAAAGCUAACCAAACCUUUAAACAGACUUAUUCGGAAUGGAUAUAGUUACGAUACUGUUGUCAGGUCAUAACUGCUAGUAGUCCUUUGUUAAUUCAUGUAUAUUAUUGUCAUUUUGCUUAGUUACCUAUUCUAACAUCGGACUAGGACUUCUUUUAAACUGAAUUUUGCUGUGCGUAUUGCUGUGUGUUUGUUUAUUCCACAUUGGCUUGAGGUAUAGGGGGAGGGUUGAGAUCUCACAAAACAAGUUUAACCUCGCCGCAUUUUUGCGCCUGUCCCAAGUCAGGAACCUCUGGCCUUUGUUAGUCUUGUAUGUUUUUUGAUUUUUUUUUCAUUUAUAUGUUUCGGAGUUUAGUGUGACGUCCAUUUUCGCUAAACUAGUAAACAUUAUUGUUUAGGGGCCAGCUGAAGCCCGCCUCCGGGUGCGGGAUUUUCUCGCUGUGUUGAAGACCCACCGGUGGCCUUGGGCUGUUUUCUGCUCUUUGGUCGGGUUUUUCUCUCUUUGGCGCAUUCCCCUUUUCCAUACUCAAUUUUAGAUUUUUGUAGGGAGAAUUAUUUGCAAUAUGAUUUUAAUACCAAUAAACUUACCAAAUUACGUAGUGGAAGUUUAAAAUUAAAUUUAGAAACAGGUCGUUAUGACAAUAUUCCUAGAAUAAAUCGUAUUUUUAGAUUUUGUAAAAUUAACAAUAUUGAGGUGAAUACCAUUUUGAGUUGAUUUGUCCUGUAUAUAGAACGUUCCGAUGUGACUUUUUGCAAAAUUAUUAUUGUUCCUGGCCAAAUACGUGUACGAAAGCUAUUUUUUUUGUGACAAGCAUGGUCAAAACGCUUAGUAAAGAAACUAUGUAAUUAUUUAAAGGCGGCAUGGAAAUUAAGAACGCAAUAUAUCAGUUAAGAUGUUGUACAAAUGUUAUUAUAAGAUAUCUCUGCAUAAAAUAUUUGUUCUCUGUAUUCUGUCGUAUUUUUCAUAUAUGUAUAUACCUUGUUAUUUUGCUAAAGCAAUGUUGUUGUUCAUUCAUUCAUUCAAUUCCACAUUGUUUCGCAAAUUAUUAAAAACAGAGGCGAUUA